CGCUCAGACGAGGAAACGGCGCGCUGCGAGACGGACGCGCUUUCUUUCGACGCGCUUCAGAGAGAUCGACGCGUACACGAGCGCGUUGGAUUCAUCGCACGAUCUUCUCCGUCGCUUUACAGUAACAUGACGCGCGUGUAACAGAUGUUUUAUGAUUCAUCUUUGACUCACUGGAUUGUUUCAUGGAUCCGGAUCUGAGCUGAUCGAUCUCCAGCUGCGGGUUUCCUCAGGUUAAUUUGGGGAUUUCUGAAUUCUAAAGACCAUCCGAAUUUGAGCAACUCUUUGAUUAUUUCCCCCCUCCGUUCUGGACUAUGUACACAGGUUAAAACCUUCAAUCUCCGGAAGUUUCUAGCCAGAUUAUGUCUUGUGAAGAAUCUGUCUUGCUGUGUCAAUGACAGGGAAGAUGGAAACGCCCUUCUAUCACGAUGAGAGCGUUCCAAACUUUGGGCAAAUUCCAGACUACGAUCGAUACCAAGGCCACAAGAUGAUGAGCAAAAAGAACAUGGCGCACAAUUUCUCCAACAGCGUGGGAAAUAACUUGAGCCUCAAACUGUUGCAGGGACAAACCGCGAGCAACAUCAACCCGAACGGCCUCGGUAUGAGCACCAAUCCCAUGUCUUCCCCAGACAUGAACCUCCUGAAGCUGUCGUCCCCGGAUCUGGAACACCUGAUUAUCCAGUCCAACCAGGGACUGGUUACGACAAGCCCGGCUCCAAACGCGUCUGCUAAUCCUUUCAUGUACAGAAACCAGGCCACAAACGAACAGGAAGGGUUUGCCGACGGCUUUGUCAAAGCUCUGGCUGAUCUACACAAACAGAACCAACUGGUUGGAGCGCCAAUGUCCCCCACUUCCUCCCUCCAGGGAUCGUACCAGAGGAACCUGAUGUCUAGUGGCGAAAUGCCCAUUUAUACCAACUUGAGCAGCUACAACCCCAAUCAGUUAUCCUCCGCGUACGCCAGCGGGCAGAUUGCCUACACCUCUGCGGCCCACGCCUCGGCUCACGGGGGUCACCACCCUCCAGGGCGAGGUCUGGAUGCUCCUCAGACGGUGCCCGAGGUCCCUCACCCUCCCGGAGGAGACCCCGCCAGCUCCCCCCCAUCGCUGUCUCCCAUCGACCUGGAGACGCAGGAGAGAAUCAAGGCGGAGCGUAAGAAGUUGCGAAAUCGCAUCGCCGCCUCCAAGUGCCGCAAGAGGAAGCUGGAGCGGAUCUCGCGCCUGGAGGAGAAGGUGAAGGUGCUGAAGACGCAGAACUCGGACCUGGCCUCCACCGCCAGCAUCCUGCGCGAGCAGGUGGCACAACUCAAACAGAAAGUGAUGAAUCACGUCACGAACGGCUGCCAGAUCGCCGUCAGCUCCACCGGUAUGGCCAAAAGCGGGGAGAGUACCAGCUGCUGAAACAACAUCACAUACUAAAGUGUUUUAUGACUCUAUUCUGUCUUUAUCUUCUGCCCGCUCUCUCACACUCGCUCUCCGUCUCACUCAACCCUGAUAAAAUGACACAUAGAGCAGCAGAGACGGGGUGAGACCCAUCCUGCCUCAUCGAUGGCACGCGUGGGUGAGACUCUUUCAAUCAGAUAUUUGGGAACUCCAAGUCCUUCUUGGAAACAUCUGCACACUCAAAGAAGGGAGUCUGUUCUGGAACGUUCUUGGGAUUUGAAGUUGUUCCGGUCCGUGGACGCCUGAGGAAACGGGCUGCUAAUGAUGCACUGCAUUUGGGGUAAAAUAAGGGAACAAAUAUGGAUCUGUUUUGGACACUUGAAUGAUAUUUCUUUCCCUCUUGUCUAGAGGAAGACUCAUCGACUCGCUUGUAACUAAAUAUGUGAUUUUCCACUUCAAGGAGCAACAGCGCUCCGAGGUUUUAUUUCCCCUUAAUGAUCAGCAUCUCAUUCAGCUGCUGGAGAACUUUAUAUUUUCGGUGUGUAAUGACAUGCACUAUUAUGUGGACGUUUCCAGAGGUCCUGAAAGGGUCAUAAGGACGAAUUGUUGCCCUCGUUGAGUCCGUGUUUGAAGUCUGAAAAUGAAGCGAUAUUAAAUCCUGUUAUACUGGUUUGAUGAGUCUAUUCUGAAAUAUCUUGGUUUAUUAUGUCACUUUGUCUCAAUAACAAUUUUACAGCUGUUUGUUUGUUUGUUGGUUUGAUAUUGUGCAAUUUGUGAUUACAAGAGAAACAGUUUUAUACCAACCGAGACUUUAUUGAAGUAUUUCUGUUGAGACACUGAAUACUAUAAGAGCAGACAUCGAGGUCAUGUGAAUGUUCCUCCGGAGACAAUAAUGGGUUAAUAGUGUGUGUUUGCCGUAAUCUAAUGAGUGUUAAUGCCGUGUUAAGCUGGAGGAACGGUGAAGGUUCAACUCAAAACUGACCUGAAAUCAGAGCGACUAGAAAAGGGCUUUUGAUCAAUAGUAUUUUCUUUCUUUAUUCUUUUGUACGAAUAAUGAAGCAGUUUUAUUUAUGCAGAAUUAGUAUUUAUGUUUUCUGUGGAGAGGAGCGCAUCGAGCGAUACUAGUGUCUUAUUGACACGUUUAUGUUUUGGGAAAUUGAUAAUUGCACAUAAAUGAAAAGAACAUUAAAUGAUGUCUAAUAUUUAUCCUCUGUGAUGACAGUUUUAACUAUAAUUACAUCUGAAAAGAAAUGAAUGAAAUUCAAGAUUUUGGGUAAAAUCACGACAAGAUUAAAAUCAUACUUGAUAUAUUCACAAAACUCACUUUACAUUUCAGUGAUUUAAAGCUCUUGUCAGACAGUCGUGUUGAACACAGAAUUACUGUUGAAUGCAUUUCUGACCCUUCAUGGACAUUAUAGAUAUAUAUGUGUGUGUGUGUGUGUGUGUGUGUGUGUGUGUGUGUGUGUGUGUGUGUGUGUGUGAGUGUGUGUGUGUGUGUGUGUGUGUGUGUGUGUGUGUGUGUCUCUGUGUGUGAGUGUGUGUA